CUUAAGGUGACAGCAUUAGACAUCAGCCAAAAUCAAAACAAUGGCGGGUGUGAACUCUGUUUUGAUUUUUAUAGUGGUUAUUUUCAUAGGAGACACUUGUAGUGCUAUCGAAGAUGUAGAUGCUAAUGGAUAUAUUAUGUAUUGUCCGUGUAUGGGUCGGUUUGGAAACCAGGCUGAUCAUUUUCUAGGAGCUUUAGGCUUUGCUCAUGGUCUUAACCGAACGCUUGUUUUACCGCCAUGGGUUGAGUACAAGCCAGGGCUGACAAAGUCAAUCCAGGUGCCUUUUAACACGUACUUCAAGGUAGAUCCACUGAAGGAGUUUCAUAGGGUUAUUUUGAUGGAAGAAUUUAUGGAAACUAUUGGACCUAUGUUAUGGCCUCCUGAUAAGAGAAUAGCUUUUUGUUACAUGCCUCGAUAUAACUCAGAAGGAUGUAAUGCCAAGGAGGGUAAUCCAUUUGGUCCUUUUUGGGAUACUUUCAACAUAGAUUUUGUAGGAUCUGAGAUUUACAGACCGCUUACAUAUGAUGUACAUCAUCAAGAUAUGGCCAGGAAAUGGAUUGAUAGAUAUCCUGCUGAUGUUUGGCCAGUGUUGGCCUUUACUGGUGCUCCUGCUAGCUUUCCUGUACAGUUGAGUAAUCGUCACUUGCACAAGUAUUUGUUGUGGAAUGAGGAUAUAACAAAUAAAGCAUUGGAGUUCAUUAAAACAUUGCCAAGAGGUCCUUUUGUUGGGAUACACUUAAGAAAUGGAAUAGAUUGGGAAAGAGCUUGUGAGCAUGUAGAACAUAGUCCAAACUUUUUUGCUGCUCCCCAGUGCUUAGGUUACCGUAAUGAACAUGGUGUGGCUACACAGGAACUUUGCCUACCGUCUGAGAGCACCAUUGUGAAAAAACUGAAACGUGUUAUAAAGUCUGUUGGAGCCAAGAGUGUGUUUGUUGCUUCUGACAAUGAUUUUAUGAUAGAACCAUUAUCUAAAGCCUUAAAUAAGAUGAAGGUCAGUGUGCAUCGUCGUGAACCCUCUGAUCCACAUGUUGACUUGGCAAUACUUGGUCGCUCCAAUCAUUAUAUUUGUAACUGUAUUUCUUCUUUCUCUGCAUUUGCUAAAAGAGAAAGAGAUGCAUUAGGGUUUCCUUCAUCAUUUUGGGGAUUUCCUUUAGAAAAAGAAAAGAAGAAAUUAGAAAAAGAUGAACUUUGAAAUCAUUUGUCUAAGAUUUUAUCUGGUGCUCAUGUAUUCUGCUGUAUCACAAAUCUCUCAAGUUUAUAUGCCAGUAGUGUAAGUGCAUUGUUUAUAAGAUAUUAUUUUUGCAUUUUGAGUUAUGAAAUUAAAUUCAGGUGAAUUGUUCUUCCAAUGUAGUCACAAACUUUAACAGGAUGUUUGUUAGUUGUAAGGAAUGUCUUGAGGAUAUGAAUUUUAGUAAAAAUUAAGGUUUGUUUAGCUAGACUAUCUUAUCUUUUAAUGCUUUAUAUGAUGAAACCAAAAUUUUCUUGAAGAAUGUCUGUUAUGGUUUCAAGUUUAAUUAAGUCAUAAAACAUUUGUGUAGUUUGGUAGUGCAAGAUUUUUUCUAACUGUAUAGUAGGUCUUCAGGGUAAUGAAGUAAGUACUUUUAAUACCAUUAUAACGGCUGUGAAAUGUAUAAUUUAUGCAUUAAGAAGUUUUCUUUGCAAACUUGAUAUGAAUCAUUCUAGUAUUCAUUAAAGGGGUGGAGGGUACAAAAUAUACUUAUGCAAUUAAAGGUGCAUUUACAAUCUUACUUUUUAAUGAUGCAUUACCGAGAAGUUUCACAAAGCACUUUUUUGUAAUUUAUAUUAAGUGAUAUUGUGUAUGGUGGUUAUUUAUGAUAUUAAAGUUGCUCCUAAGUUUAGAUAGGGAACAUAAUUUCUGCUUAUGUGUAAAUUCAAACAUAAGGAAAUGUGUGAAGAAAACAAAUAGAGUUAGAACUAACCUAUAACUGAAAACAUCCUUCAACUUCAAAUAACAAAUAGAAAUAAAAAUAAAAAGUCUGACAACUGGGAAAAUUGAUGAUAUCAAUCUGUGGAUAGUGAAGGUGGUUGUAUUUUAGAAAUGCUAAUGAAAUUUUUUCAAGUGUACUAAAGUGCAAUAUGAAGUGCUUUUCACCAUAUCAGAAAGCAUAACUUAUCCCCAGUCUCUCCCCUACUUACUACUGGCUGUGCAUAUGACUGAAAAAAUUACAUUUUGAAAAGUAAAGAAAAGUAUGUAGCAUAAACUUGACAAUAUCUGUGCAAAUCUGGGGAACAAUUGUCUUUGGGUGCUCUUUCUUUCUCUUGAUUGUCAAAAAGGUCCCUUCGCCUCUCUCUCUCAAAAAUGUUUUCUAACAAGAAUGAAACAAACCAUGGUUAAAUUCAGUAAAUAUUAAAAUAAAAAUCUUUAUGUAUUGUUUCUACUGGUGUGUAUUUUUACAAAUUUGCGACUUGGGGGGCCUUGCACAAGGGAUAAGAAUUCGUCCGGCUGCUCAAAAGACCCCUUUCGAGCUCUAUUUGUAAAUAGAAGUCACGCGACUGAGGGCCAAGAUGAAAAUUUAAGGGUAAAGUGUAAGGAAAGCUCUAAAGAUCAGAUUUACAGAGGAUAUAUUUACACUCUAGUUAACUUAUGUAUGCAAGACACCAGCAAGGGCACUAAUGACCCUCAAGGUAUGACUUAGUACUGGAAACAGUUGCUUGUAGCACUGGAACACGUGUUAGAAGGGGCUGACAUGUUUGGGGAUUGCAGUGCGAAUAUAAGCCAAAGCUUCUUACAAGGAAUGAGAGGUCCACAUCACACUGCAAUGAUGGGUGUGGUAGGAUGUCUGUAACACAGGAUGUUCUAAAAACGUGCCCAACACGCAAAGGGUUGGACGUGCAGUGAUGCUGCCAAUAUUUAAGAUGCUUAAUAUAAAUCUUACAUUCUCAGAAUUUCCCCAGCGGGUAAGGAAACAAAUGAAUUACUACUUAGAACAUUAUUGCAUUGAAUGGGAGGGUGUGAAACAAAGACCCCAAUUUUUGUUAUUUCCCUUAGUAAAUUUCAUAGCAUUUGCUAUUGCCGGAAAGUCGAGCAAUGAGCACUAUUACACCACAUUCAAGGGUACCAAAGCUCUUAGAUCAGAGUAGCUUAUAGAACAAGGGAGCACAGCUGUGGGGGGAAUUGACGAGUAACGAUGAACAAUUGCACAAGCACAGAGACAAGGAAAUAAAGAAAUACAGAAAAAAAUGCAAGGUGACUGCUGCUAACCCACACUACCGUAAGUUGAUCGCUGAAUUCCACUUCUCUAGUGUGCCAAUGGAGGCGGGAACUUCGUCCAAAUUUGGGCAGCAAUGGUCCAGGGGCAGCGCAUGGAGAGUAAGGGCACAUGUCAGGGCUGUGUGCUGGUGACUGAGUCAGGGAACGAGCCAGUGAGAGAUUUCCUUCCGUUGCCUGCUUUUAUUGCCUCGGUUCUUCUCUCUGGCAGAUUUCGGGUAAAUUUCGGAUUUGGGGGCAGUCCUUGGCAAUUUUCUGUAAAAAGGGAAAAGCGGCAGAAAAGAAAACGUAGGAGAAUGUGAAUCAGAAACUAACAGAGAGAGAGAGAAGGCAUGUCUUGUGGCUACUCCUUUAUCAUAAAUUUAGUCUACUGAAUGGUGAAGUGGAGAAAAUUAUAAUAGUAUGUAUAUUAAAAAUAUUGGUGAUCAAUAGAGGAAAAGGAGAAAAAGUCCAGGCAUCAAUGAAGUCGGUAAUAAAUACAAAAAACAAAGAUGAUAAUGAGGUACAUUACUGUUAUACCUUUUAACAUGUUAACUCUAGCUUUUUGUAAUUUAUGUGACUAAUGGUAUUAAGUUAUUUUAAAUUAGACACAAAUGAGUACUAUGAUAAGCAUUUGUUUUCUGCAAUGAAUUUCCCACUUUUUCGUCUGUUUUUUUAAUUUUAGCAACUUUACCUCUAUUCAUGUCUUGAUUCUGCAACCAAACGCACUGCCUUAUAUUCCUAUAUUUUAUUGAGGAUACAUAAGUAAAAUUUUAUGAGGGGCAUUUAAUUUUCAAGUAUGAUUCAGUUUAUUGUUUAAUUAAUCUCAUGCUGUAUAUAAUGUUGGCUGUUUAAGUAAGAUACCUGUAAACCAUUUCUAUAUAAUUUUAAAACUAUUUAAUAAGAAGUUUCUAUGAAAAAUCUAUUCAGAGAACUGUAAAACAUUUCUGUAUAAUUUUAACUUUUUAAUAAGAAAUUUUUAUGAAAAAACUAUUCAGAGAUGCAUAGUUCAACAAGGAAAGGUUUUGCAAUUUUUUUUUAGCAAUGCAUAUGAUGUUCUUCAAAUUGUCACAUUCUGCUUUGGUCAUGGGGCGUAAAUAUCCAAAAAGGGUUCCUCAAACCACCACAUGUUAUUAAACAGCCUGGCUAAAGUAAUAUUUUUCAAGAACUACUGUGUCUGUCUUUUCAGUAUUGUAUUUAGUCAUUAAGAAGUCCUUUCAUAAUUUUGCACGAGUGUAGAUAAAUACUUUUCUGUAUUGUACCAAAUGUAUAUUUCGUAAAAGUUAAAGCAUUUUAUAAUUUUUAUGAUGAUUUGUCACUUUUACAAUGAAUGAUAUAAAGUUUUGGAUGAGAAACUAGAAAUAUUUUCCACUAUUUGGC